AUGGCAGACGCACUCUGCGGGCCUGCAAAUCCACUCCAGAACUUCCAGAAACACACAGCCGCAGACAGAACUCUGCAGCAGGACCGCUUGAUUUCGCGGCAGUCGCCCUCACAGUCCUUCCGCUCUACUUCUAACCAGAAUGUCGGCCUCCUAGACCCCGAGUUCGACGCCUUUCAAGCUGGACACGCGCCACCGCCUCAUCCCGACUUUCAGCAUCUCCCUCCUCACCUAGCUCACGCACAACUUCAACCGCGGUUCUCGCCACAACCCCAGGCCGGGGGCUGGGCUUCCGACUUCCAGCGUCUACAGAUUUCAUCCCCACAACCCCAGCAAAACCACCACUUCAGACCACAGGCGUCGGCAGCACAAUCGUCAUGGCACCAGGAUUUCGUGAGCCAGCAGGCGCCCGGAGCCGCUCAGCAGGCCUACCAACCUCCCGCACAGAAUAUGAACAUGUACGGUGGGAUGCCAGGGUAUGGGAUGGGUGGUUAUACAGGGUCGACGUUCGGGCAGUCGGCUUUUGGACGCCCCAUGCAAGAGCAGAACAUGUCGGUCGCGGAAGGGAAACAAAAGGCUGAUAUCGCACAAUUCGACGAAUCAGCUUUUGAGCGGGCCUUUGCAGAGGCUCAGGCAGAGGUGCUCCAAGAAGAGGCGGCUGUGGAGAAGGUGUCUACACAGUUACCUGCGGAAACGGAUCCAAUUCUGUUGGGGAUCAGGGAUAAGAGAUACCCCGUGUAUCUCACGAUGAAGCUGCGAAGUCUGAUCAGCACCGGAGCAACCACUGAGGCGGAAGUCUAUCUGAGCCACCUCGAGCAAACUGAACAGGAAGGAACCCUAUUCAUUGAUAUCAGCGAGGCCAAGUGGUGUAUUGACACCCUGGAUAUUGUCGCGAAUAGACAGCACGCCGACAUCAUACCUGAGGAGAUCGAGACCCGUGUUGCUGCCUUGAUUCAGAAAAUCAACGGGAGACUCAUGUCGAUGUAUCCCGCAGACUUAGCAAUUUCCCUCGAUAACAACUGGCCGAACCUUUGGGCGGAUCUUGAGGCUGCAGGGUAUAUAACGCACGGCCGUAAUGCUCUGCAACCUCUCCAGCAAGAACAUGGGCAACAGCCGAGGUCUAAGGAACAGACUCGAAACGAACAGGAUCAAAUGGCGCAGACCGCUGGGAAGCUGUUAGAAAGCGUAGCUGACAACACGAGCGAGAAAUUCCAGAAGAGCACCUUUCUCGAGCUCAUGCGGCGACUACGAGACCACGAAGUUCGUGUCGAAGGCGACAAGGUGGUUGAAACCAAUAGUAUUGAUACCACUGGCAACCGUCCGAACUCCUCUGGCGAGCACAUUCCACCCGCCGAACAGGACCUGGAUAUUGGCCGAGAUUUUGUUUCCACAAUUAACGGCCACGAGCCUGAUCUCGAUGCUAUCCCGGACAGUUUCUCCCUGUCGUCGAUAUCAAAUGUGAAGGCUUCCUCAUCCUUCGCCAAUGGAUGCUUCUUCCGCCGCGAUGGCCAGCUUGUCUGA